GAAUUUAUUGGGAGGGAAAAUAAGGUAGAAAUUAAGUUUCAUGGAUGGAGGGGUCAUCAUGCAUUCUCAUUAGUAUACAACGCCGUUCGCGCUAAACCCUAAACCCCGCCAUCGACACCAACCGCCGUUAAUCGGAAAGAAAGCAAGCGCGAGAGAAAGCUUCGCCUCCGUAUUCACUCAGAUGGGCAAGCUCCCGCCUUCAAUGCGAUCGGCUCCUCUUCCCCUUUCCUUCUUCAAACCCCGGCCUUCUCCUUCUACCCAAACCCCCAACUCUUCGCCGGCGCCGGAAACCCGAAAACUCCGAACUCCCCUCUACAAAAGCCCCGCCAAGCAGAAGAAAGCGACGAAGAAGAUUGAAUCAGGAAAAGCCGCUGCCGGCGGCGCUAUCUCGGUUCCCUCUCCUCCCCAGUUCUUCCACUCUCCUGCCCUUUCAGAAGCUACCGCGAUCGUUGAUUCCAUCGUUGACUCCUCCUCUUCCGCUGAUCCCCACACUCUUCUCCAUUCCUUCUGCAACGCUGGCGCCUCGCCCACUGACUCCCUCGCCCUUCUCCGUCACCUGUCCCUCCGCUUCCCUUCCUUCUCACCCACCCGUUCAACCUACCACAUCCUCCUCGUCCACUCCUGCCUCCAGCCUACCAUCGGAGACAUCUCUCCCAUCCUCACAUUCCUCGACCUGAUGUCCUCCUCCGGCUUCCCCCCAGACUCAUCAUCCACCGACCUUGCAAUUCGCGCCCUCUGUUCCGCCUCCCGCGAGGACGACGCCGCUGAACUCCUUCUACGCGGCCUCUCUCUCCAUCCCGACCCCUUCACUUACAACUUCCUUGUAGGCCGCCUUGCCAAAACCCGCUCGCUCUCCGCUGUCUACUUGUUUAUUGAUGAGCUCCGCAAUGUGGCCGGGAUUCACCCUGAUCGCAUCACCUACACCAUCCUCAUCGAUUCAGUCUGCCGUUGCCGCAACCUCCGCGAAGCUACACGCCUGCUCGGCGUUCUUAAGCAUUCUGGCAUCAAGCCAGAUUGUUACCUCUACAACAACAUCAUGAAGGCUUACUGCAUGUUGGACCAGUGCGGAGAGGUGAUGGAAGUCUACAACAAGAUGAGGGAUGAAGGAAUUGAACCAGAUCUAGUCACUUACAAUACAUUGAUUUAUGGUCUCUCCAAGGCCGGCAUGAUCGACCAGGCUAAGAAAUUCUUGAAUGUGAUGGCAAACUCAGGGUAUUUUCCAGAUAUUGCUACCUAUACUUCUCUUAUUAGCGGUAUGUGUAGGAAAGGAGACACAUUGGGGGCUCUAAGGUUGCUUGGGGAAAUGGAAGAGAAGGGUUGCAGCCCCAAUGAGUUCACCUACAAUGCCCUGCUUAUGGGGCUGUGCAAGGCUGGGAGCCUGGAUAAGGGAAUGGAGUUGUAUAAAGUGAUGACUAAUGGGGGUAUGAAAUUGGAGAGUCCUACUUAUGCAACUUUUCUCAGGACAUUGUGCAGGACAAAUAAAAUUGCAGAAGCCUAUGAGGUGUUUGAUUAUGCAAGGGAAAGCAAGAGUCUGACUGAUGAAGUUGCUUAUUCAACAUUGGAAAGUUCACUCAAGAGAAUAAAGUAGUCUCAGACGUGACAGAGUACCUGAGCAGAAAAGGAAGAUAAAGGAGAAGGAUGCUCAGUUAAAAGCUCUGUUGAGUGGGAGAUAUUAUUCUUCUGUCCGGACAUCAGACGGGAUAACCAUCUGGUACUGCUUGGUACCAAGUACGGUGCACUUUUAAGGUGACUUGGCGCAUUUUUAUUGGCCUUUGGACAAUGUCCGGACUCCGCACAGAAUAAUUUAUGGUUGAGUGGAAGAGAGGUGGGGUUUCAAGUCUCCGAAGCUUGCAAAUGCAAUGAGAGAAGGAGAUGCUCAGCCUCAGGCACCACUGCUAGGAGCUGCUGACUUCCAAAAAAUACUGUAGGAGGAAGAAGGCCUGUUGUUUCUCUCUUAGCAAUGACAAAAUAUGAGGAGGCAGGCAGGCUUGUUGCAGGUUUGGAAUGUUUUUUUAUCUUGCUAGCUAUCUUUUGCAGUUGAUGGUUUAGAAAUAAAGUGAAUAUUGGGAAUGUUGUAAAGUUCAUUUUGAAUUAGAUUUGUGUUUUUUAGUUC